UUUUUUUGCUAUUGUUGUUGUAUUUCGGAUGUUGGAAUGGCUCAGAUUCUCCAUUAUGCUGUAUCGAUCUUUAUGUUUCAGUUUUGUUACAUAUAUUCACGAGGAUAUUUUGAUUUAUUUCUGGAUCAAAGCAGCUACUCUAUUGGUGAAAUCAACAUCACACUACGAUGUUACAGUUUACAGAAGAAUUGGGAAUACAUGACAAUUCAAACUCGCAAUCAAAUGACCAAUGACUUUGAAGCAUUUGUAAGACUUAACACAUCCGGUGUAUAUUUGGAGAGCAAGGGUACUUCUAUUCAUGGAUUGUCCAUUGACGGCCAAUGUCCUAUCACUGAUGGAUGCUAUAUUGAAGCUUUCAUGAAGAUGUAUAUAGAUCAGUGUAUAGAUCAUCCCGAAUUAUAUCCCACAUUUAGAUGUCAGUUUUCGGACGGCAGUCGUUUAUCGUUUACAUCUGAGAAGAGUUUACGGUUGAAAAAAGGGAAAUCACCAAAAACGAUGCAUAUGCCUUCCAUCAUAUCUCGUACAAAGAUUGAAACGGAAGACUUUAGAGGAUUUAGGCAUGUCUUUCAGUUACAAUGCACAGGAGAAGUUGAAAGUAUCAACGGUAGACCAAGCCAGCAUAUCCGAUGGUGCAAAAAAGUAUCUGGGAAUUUCAUAGUUAUGGCAUUACAGGAUCCUCCUUUUACAACUACUUUAUCACAAAGCAAAGAUGGUUGCAUCAUAAUGCAAAGAUCCAUGACAUAUUAUUCAGUCUUGGGCAGUAGCGAUGACCAAAUUAUGUGCGAAUCUGGGUAUCUACAAUCCAGCACUAUAUGUGGAAAUGGAAGCGCAUACUCAACUUUACAAAUUCAAACCAGCGAUUUGGAAGAAGGUAAGGGCUGAAAU